GGAGCAGUCCCCAUGAAACGCUCGGAGUGGUUUGCAGUCAUCCAGAACCAGCUCCUGCAACUGAAGCCCGAGGACUUUGCUGGGGUCGAAGCUACGCCACCUCCGUCCCGCCUGAAUCGUAGGCGUACACCUGUCCGCCUAGCGCACGCACUACAGCACUCCGAAGACUGGGUCACCGUCAGCGACGUCCGGAAGCGCCGCCAAAGGUCGUGCAAGGUAUGUGCGCUCUUGCGCACAGAGAAGAAGAAGUCCUUUGCGACGACUUACUUUUGCGAGCGCUGUUCCGUCGACGACGCUAAGUGCUGGUUGUGUAACAAGAUCCGUCGCGAGUACAACGGCGUUGCCAAGCCGUGUUUUGAGAUC